AUGAGAGCCAACCCGCACGACCACAUCAUGGCGACCGACGAGCGGACGAAUGAACGAGUGAAUGAAUUCCGAGUGAAUGAGAGCGGUGAAAGAAAACAAAGUGAGGCGAUGACUGUGGGCAGCUCGCAGCGGUUCUACGUGGUGGCGAAGUGUGGCAGCGGCGCGUGCGCUGCCCACACCGCCGCCCAGCUGUGGGAGUGCGCGUGGCAGCUGGGCGCCAGGCUGCUGGCGCACGUGGGCGACGAGCCGCCACCCUACCUGCCCCAGGACAACUGCUCCGCCGACUAUGGACAGUUCAACGUUUCGGCGGCGAGGUCGUCGCAGGCGGCGUGGGGCGGGUCUGUGCGCGUGCGCGUGCGGAGGGGCGUCGGCGGUGUGGGGGGCGUCGGCGGUGUGGGGGGCGUCGGCGGCGUGGGGGGCGUCGGCGGAGUGGGGGGCGUCGGCGGUGUGGGGGGCGUCGGCGGAGUGGGGGGCGCGCGCUCUCGAUGGCUGUGGCUGGUGCACUUCGCCCGCUGGCCGAACUCGGCGCCCGCUCCACAGGACGUCGGCCUCUUCCUCGAGUUCCUGUCGGAGCUGAACGGGCUGCGGCUGGUGUGCGAGGCGGAGGCGGGCGAGGAGCGGCAGCCGCUCGUGUCGAGGAACGCGCCGACCGCCUUCUGCUGCAGGGAGGGCGCCGGCCGCAGCGGCACCGCGCUCGCCGCAGACCUGCUGCUCCACUUCCUCGACACCAACCAGGAACUGGACAUCCCGAGGACGAUCAGCUUGCUGCACCAGCAGCGUGCCAAUUUGAUACAGAACGUGCACCAAUACAAGUUCCUGCACCAGGUUCUGCUUCAGUAUCUGAAGCAGUCACGUCUCAUA